ACUACUGUUGAAGUAGCAUCCUAUCGUCGGGCUCGCCGUCGUUUUCCCCGUCCUUUAGUCUUGCGUAUAGCGCAUCUUUUCUUUCACCUCUUUCCUUUCGACCGAAAAGUUUUUCACUGCCCAACAUGGCGCCUUCAAAGUGGGAUGAAGAGGAGGAUAGCGUUUCGCCUCCCCCUCCCGUUGCUCGCCGCAGAUUCGACGACGAGGAAGAGGAAGAUGUCCUCGACUCCUGGGACGCCGCCGAAGAUUCCGAAGUCGAGCGCGAAAAGGCAAAGAAGGCCGAAGAGGCUCUGGCCAAGGCCCAGGCCGCUGCCGCCGCCAACAAGAAGACCAAGGCCCAGCGGAUAGAGGAACACCGCGACCAGCGCCGACGCGAGGCGGAGGAAAGCAGCGACUUCGACGAGGACGAGACCGAAGCCGAGCGCCGUGAUCGCCUGCGCCGCACCGAGCAGGACUCCGAUCUCCAGCACGCUUCGGACCUUUUCGCCGACAUCGACAUGAACCGCAACCGUGGUGCCCCCAAGGCCGUCGUCAUCACCGACAGCGCCAACCCUACCAACUCCAUCGAUCUGUCCUCGAUGCCCCUGUUCAAGCCCACCACCAAGGACCAGUUCGCCCGUCUGUCCGACGUCCUUAUCCCCCUGCUCACCCCGCAGUCCAAGAAGCCCCACUACGCUCUCUGGGCGCAGGACUUUGCUCGCAAGCUCGUCAAGGAGUUGCCUAGCAGUGAUAUCAAGAAGAUCGCUAGCGCUUUGACUACUGCUAGCAAUGAGAAGAUGCGUGAGGAGCGUGCUGCUGAUAAGGGUAACAAGAAGACCAAGGCUGCUAAGACUAAGAUCUCGCUCAACUCCAACCGUGAUAACCAGAUCGAUAACACUGCCUACGGUGACGAGGAAGGUCUCGGCGAUGAUGACUUCAUGUAAUGGACGAAACAAUGAUCGCUUUUGCUCUUUCUGUUUCAUUUUUUCUUUGUCUGUCCUUCUCUCUUGUCUUUGGAUGUGUGACCCAUGAAUAUACACACUUCAGCAAGACAGAGGCACUCGUCUGAUGUAUCCUCUCUUCUUUCGGGGCUCCGAGGUCUCCCUUUUCUUUAUUCCUAUCACCUUCUAACCCCAUAUGUCCCUCUCCCGAAUACCAACAUGUACAUCUCUUUCUACCUCUACGUCAAAACGCUGCACGAGCCCUAUCAAGCAUAGACCAAAUUAACGUGAAACUUAGAUUAAA